GGUCAUCUCCUGUGCUGUGUCCGCAGUCUCUGGUCAUCUCCUGUGCUGUGUCCGCAGUCUCUGGUCAUCUCCUGUGCUGUGUCCGCAGUCUCUGGUCAUCUCCUGUGCUGUGUCCGCAGUCUCUGGUCAUCUCCUGUGCUGUGUCCGCAGUCUCUGGUCAUCUCCUGUGCUGUGUCCGCAGUCUCUGGUCAUCUCCUGUGCUGUGUCCGCAGUCUCUGGUCAUCUCCUGUGCUGUGUCCGCAGUCUCUGGUCAUCUCCUGUGCUGUGUCCGCAGUCUCUGGUCAUCUCCUGUGCUGUGUCCGCAGUCUCUGGUCAUCUCCUGUUCUGUGUCCGCAGUCUCUGGUCAUCUCCUGUGCUGUGUCCGCAGUCUCUGGUCAUCUCCUGUACUGUGUCCGCAGUCUCUGGUCAUCUCCUGUACUUGUGUCCGCAGUCUCUGGUCAUCUCCUGUACUGUGUCCGCAGUCUCUGGUCAUCUCCUGUACUGUGUCCGCAGUCUCUGGUCAUCUCCUGUACUGUGUCCGCAGUCUCUAGUCAUCUCCUGUACUGUGUCCGCAGUCUCUGGUCAUCUCCUGUACUGUGUCCGCAGUCUCUGGUCAUCUCCUGUACUGUGUCCGCAGUCUCUGGUCAUCUCCUGUACUGUGUCCGCAGUCUCUGGUCAUCUCCUGUACUGUGUCCGCAGUCUCUGGUCAUCUCCUGUACUGUGUCCGCAGUCUCUGGUCAUCCCCUGUACUGUGUCCGCAGUCUCUGGUCAUCCCCUGUACUGUGUCCGCAGUCUCUGGUCAUCCCCUGUACUGUGUCCGCAGUCUCUGGUCAUCCCCUGUACUGUGUCUGCAGUCCAUUGGUUCAGAAUAUUUUUUUUUCUUGUUUUUCGCCUCUA